AUGUUGGACCAUCGAUUACAGGGUCAGCACGGGCAGGAGUUCGUGAACGGCAUCAUCAGCGGGUUGGCCGCCAUGGGGAUCCGGGAGUCGGGUGGAUGGGAGACGGCGUUGGCAUUUACCCCCAAGUUGUCCGCCAUGAUCAAGAUUGCCCGCAUGUUAGUCGCGCAACAGGCAUGGGAGGAAAGCGAGGCCCAUGCCGGAUUGUCCGAUUGUUUCGUGGCAUUACGCGGGAUGAUGUUGCGAUUUAUGACCACCAUGGAACCCACCCCGAUGAAGUGGAUGUUGGAUUCCCGCACAUACGGCAUGAAAAUCCGGUACGGCACCACGGCGGAUGGGUUGAUUGAAUGGCACGGAGACCGCAUCACAUACCAGCAUCAUCGGUUUACCAUGGAUCAAUUGCGGGAGACGGUGCAUGGCAUUAUCAACCGGGCAUGGGACCAUUUGACGCAGGACGUAUUGUUGUUUCCCACCGACCAUCGAUUGCCAACCAUCGCAUGGGGAGACCAUGGAGACCAUGCCGUCGAGGAUCAACCCGGGUGGUAUUUUGCCCAGGAUCCCCGCAAUGCAUGGGACGUGGAUGACACAUGGUGGUUACACGACCGCAUAUGGCAGGAACCCGGAUUCCGACGCGCAUUCAUCCACGCCGAGCGUCCAUCCGGCACAUCCGCCACCCACGCAUGGCGCCCCCGUCGAGUGCAGCAGUGGAUGCGAGCCGUGGGACGGAUGAAGGAGUAUUUAUUGGUGUUGAUGCAUUUGACCAGCGGUGCCCCCGCACGAGGGCCCGAAGCCAUGUCCAUCCGGUACCAGAACACCCCGUUUGGCGGAUUACGCAACCAGUUGAUCGAGCACGGGUUGGUGUCAUUCAUGACCACGUAUCACAAAGGAUACCACAUCCAGGGUCGACCCAAGAUCAUCCAUCGAUACGUGCCCCGGGCCGUGGGCGAGUUGUUUAUAUAUUUCCAACGGUUGGCCAUGCCAUUCCAACGCCACGUCGAAACCAUGGUGUACGGACAACCCGAACGGAGUGGGUUUAUAUGGCCGCCCCAGGAGGUGGAUGGCACCACAUGGACGUCCGAACGGAUGAAACGGGCCAUGCAACGAGAAACCGAGAUUGGCAUGGGGGUCCCAUUGACCAUCAGCGCAUGCCGGCAGAUCAUGAUCGCCAUUGCCCGGCGAUAUUUGGGUCCCACGACCGGGUUUGAGAGCGAUUCGAUGGAGGAAGAACAGGAGAUGGAUGAGGACGAGGAUGGGUGUUGGUGGACGGCCGACGAUGCGGUGAUUGAUAUCCAAGCCGGACAUGGAAGCCACGUGGCCGGGAUGAUAUACGCACGCGGCGUGGAGGAAGCCCCCGGGACCAUGGCGGCCAUGAAGGCCCAGUUUCGACAGGCCAGUGAGCGAUGGCAUCGGUUUUUGGGAUUUCCCCCGUCCAUCGUGCCGGCAUGA